UUCCCGCCCUGAGCACGUGACCAUGCCGACUCCGCUGUUCUAUUUUGCCUUCCCUAGCGUGCACCAUUCCCCCGCCCCUUCGGAGACACUCGGCCAAUGGGGCCCUGGGUAGGAGCUGGGAGCGGCCCUGGUGGGCGGGGCUGCUGCGGAAGAGAGCGGCUGGAGGCAGAGGCUGAACAUUCCUGUGGGCCCCGACUUGGCCAGAGGGUCCCCGGCCGCGAGCUAGGGGCGGACGGCAGAGACGGCGUACGUGCCCGGCGUGAGUGCGUGGCGGCGGCGCGUGCGCGAAGCGAGGGGGUGGUGUGGCCGGGUCCACGUUCGUCCCUGCCGCGCGACCCCCGCGGCUUAGCGCCCCGAGGCUCCAUGACCCGAGAUACCCGGGAUUCCGCGCCCCGCCCCGAGCGGCCGGUCCAGUUCUCCUGUCCCUCAGUCCCCUCAGCCUCGGCCGGCGGCCACGCAUUGCCAUGGUGACUGUGGGCAACUACUGUGAGGCCGAAGGACCCGCGGGUCCGGUCUGGGCGAAGGGUGGCCUCAGCCCCUGCUUCUUCUUCACGCUUGUACCCUCGACGCUGAUGGGCCUGGGGGCUCUGGCCUUGGUGCCGGUUCUUCCCUGCAAACGUCCGGAGCGGCCAGGUGGCGCUGACGCGGUGUCUUGGGCGGCCGGCCCUCGCGUAGCUCCUUACGUGCUGCAGCUGCUUCUGGCCACACUUCAGGUGGCGCUGCCCCUAGCCGGUCUGGUUGGCCGGGUGGGCGCUGCCCAGGGUGCCCCACUGCCAGGCUACCUAUUGCUGGCGUCUUUAUUGGGGACUGUGGCCAGCGCCUGUGGCCUGGGGCUGCUCGUGGUGGAACGGAGCCAGGCACGGCAGAAGCUAGCAAUGGGCGUCUGGAUCAAGUUCACGCACAGCCCGGGUCUCCUGCUCCUCUGGACUGUGGCUUUUGCAGCCGAGAACUUGGCCCUAGUGUCUUGGAACAGCCCACAAUGGUGGUGGGCAAGGGCGAACUUGAGCCAGCAGGUUCAGUUUAGCCUGUGGGUGCUGCGGUAUGUGGUCUCUGGAGGGCUUUUUGUCCUGGGGCUCUGGGCCCCUGGACUUCGUCCCCAGUCAUACACCUUGCGGGUCAAUGAAGAGGAUCAAGAUGUAGACAGGAGCCAGGUUCAGUCAACAGAGGGGCCACCACGGUCUACCUGGCAAGACCUUGGCAGGAAACUCCGCCUACUGAGUGGCUACCUGUGGCCUCGAGGGAGUCCAGCUCUGCAGUUUGUUGUGCUCAUCUGCCUGGGGCUCAUGGGGCUGGACCGGGGACUGAACGUGUUGGUCCCCAUCUUCUACAGGGACAUAGUGAACUUGCUGACCCAGAAGGCACCUUGGAGCUCCUUGGUCUGGACUGUCAUCACCUAUGUCUUCCUCAAGUUCCUCCAGGGGGGUGGCACCGGCAGUACAGGCUUCGUGAGCAACCUGCGCACGUUCCUAUGGAUCCGGGUGCAGCAGUUCACCUCGCGGCAGGUGGAGCUGCGCCUCUUCUCCCACCUGCACGAGCUCUCGCUGCGCUGGCACCUGGGGCGCCGCACGGGGGAGGUGCUGCGGAUCGUGGACCGGGGCACAUCCAGUGUCACGGGGCUGCUCAGCUACCUGGUGUUCAACAUCGUCCCCACGCUGGCCGACAUCAUCAUUGGCAUCAUCUACUUCAGCAUGUUCUUCAAUGCCUGGUUUGGCCUCAUUGUGUUCCUGUGCAUGAGUCUUUACCUCGCCCUGACCAUUGUGGUCACUGAGUGGAGAACGAAGUUUCGACGUGCUAUGAACACACAGGAGAAUGCUACCCGGGCACGGGCUGUGGACUCUUUGCUAAACUUUGAGACGGUGAAGUAUUACAAUGCGGAGAGUUAUGAAGUGGAACGCUAUCGCGAGGCCAUCAUCAAAUAUCAGGGUUUGGAGUGGAAGUCAAGUGCUUCACUGGUUUUGCUAAAUCAGACCCAGAACCUGGUGAUUGGACUUGGGCUCCUCUCUGGCUCCCUGCUUUGUGCAUAUUUUGUCAGUGAGCAGAAGCUACAGGUUGGGGACUUUGUGCUGUUUGGCACUUACAUCAUCCAGCUGUACAUGCCCCUCAACUGGUUUGGCACCUACUACAGGAUGAUCCAGACCAACUUCAUUGACAUGGAGAACAUGUUUGACCUGCUAAAAGAGGAGACAGAAGUGAAGGACCUUCCUGGAGCAGGGCCCCUUCACUUUCAGAGGGGCCAGAUUGAGUUUGAGAAUGUGCACUUCAGCUAUACCAAUGGGCGGGAGACCCUGCAGGAUGUGUCCUUCACCGUGAUGCCUGGACAGACACUGGCCCUGGUGGGCCCAUCAGGAGCAGGGAAGAGCACAAUUUUGCGCCUGCUCUUUCGCUUCUAUGACAUCAGCUCUGGCUGCAUCCGAAUAGAUGGGCAGAACAUUUCACAGGUGACCCAGGUCUCUCUCCGGUCUCACAUUGGAGUCGUGCCCCAGGACACUGUCCUCUUCAGUGACACCAUUGCCAACAAUAUCCGCUAUGGCCGCAUCACGGCUGGGAACGAUGAGGUGAAGGCUGCGGCUCAGGCUGCAGGCAUCCAUGACACCAUUGUGGCUUUCCCUGAAGGGUACGAUACGCAGGUGGGUGAGCGGGGACUGAAGCUAAGCGGUGGGGAGAAGCAGCGUGUCGCCAUCGCUCGCACCAUUCUCAAGGCUCCAGACAUCAUUCUGCUGGAUGAGGCAACAUCUGCGCUGGAUACAUCUAAUGAGAGGGCCAUCCAGGCUUCUCUGGCCAAAGUCUGCACCAACCGCACCACCAUCGUGGUGGCACACAGGCUCUCCACUGUGGUUAGUGCUGACCAGAUCCUCGUCGUCAAGGAUGGCUGCAUUGUGGAGAGAGGACGGCACGAGGCUCUGUUGUCCCGAGGCGGGGUGUAUGCUGACAUGUGGCAGCUGCAGCAGCAGGGACAGGAAGUCUCCGAAGACACCAAGCCCCAGACUAAGGCCCGGUGACAAAAGUAUGCUUCCCUCCCAAAGCAUAGCCGAGGGAAAUAACACUGUACCCCUCUUCCCUGCCAUAUUUCAUCCUGGUCUUGGUGCUAGCUAUAGUGAAGGAAAGGGGCCUUUCAAAAAAGCACUUUUGGGGGAAAUAAAAGUGUGGACUGAGCUGGGA